AUGAGCCGUGCCAGGCACAUGGGCAAGAUCCGGAAACGCCUGGAAGAUGUCAAGAACCAGUGGGCCCGGCCAGCCAGGGCCAACUUCCACGACAACGAGAGUGCCCGGCUGGCCACAGAUGCCCUCCUGGACGGGGGGCCUGAGGCGUAUUGGCGGGUGCUCAGCGAGGAAGGUGAGGUGGACUUCCUGUCUUCUGAGGAGGCGCAGUACAUCCAGGCCCAGGCCAAGGAGCCCCACUGCAGUCCAGAGGCCCAUGGGGGGACCGAGGCGGGCCCCAGAGGACAUGACACGGCCUCCCUGCUGUCGGGCACCUACUUCCCCAUGGCUUCGGAUGGCAGCGAGCCGACCCUGCUGCAUAGCUGGGCCUCGGGCGAGAAGCCCUACCUGAAGGAGCCGUCCAGUGCCACUGUGUACCUGCAGACGGACAGGCACAGCAACAUCCGGGAUCUGGUUCGGCGCUGCAUCACUCGGACCAGCCAGGUCCUGGCCAUCCUGAUGGACGUGUUCACGGAUGUGGAGAUCUUCUGUGACAUUCUGGAAGCGGCCAACAAGCGCGGCGUGUUCGUCUGUGUGCUCCUGGACCAGGGAGGCGUGGAGCUCUUCCAGGAGAUGUGUGACAAAGUGCAGGUCUCCGACAGCCACCUCAAGAACAUUUCCAUCCGGAGCGUGGAAGGGGAGGUGUAUUGCGCCAAAUCAGGCAGGAAGUUUGCCGGCCAAAUCCGGGAGAAGUUCAUCAUCUCGGACUGGAGAUACGUCUUGGCGGGGUCCUACAGCUUCACCUGGCUGUGCGGACACGCCCACCGCAACAUCCUCUCCAAGUUCACGGGCCAGGCGGUGGAGCUGUUCGACGCGGAGUUCCACCACCUCUACGCCCGCUCCAAGCCCGUGCUGGGGCUCAAGUCCCCGAGGCUGGCCACGGCCCUCCGGCCUAGGGGGGCGGCCGCGCCCCCACCCACCCGCCUGAGUGACAGCAGCCGCUCGACUAGCGACCGAACGCCCUCCAACCCCUUCAGCAGCCCAUCGACCCGGAGCUUGUCUGCAUCCUCCGGGCCCAGCAGUCCCCAGGCCCCAACCCCCCCUGCGGCAGCACCCAGGCUCCAGCCGGGCCACGGCCCCUGGGGGGCCCUUCUAGCCCAGAGCCCCAGCCGGCCGGCCCUGCACUGCAACCUCCACAGCUACGGGCCCACGAGGCUGCAGCUGGAGCAGCUGGGCCUGGUGCCCAGGCUCACACACGCCUGGAGGCCCCUUCUGCAGGCCUCCCCGUACUUCUGA